AUUUCUACUUCCGUUUUUAAUGUGAAAGCUUGUUGCCAACAAAAUGGGAUUUAAUUGGACAUACUUAAAAAACAUGCUAUUUAAUAGAAUUUAGUUUAUUUUAUUUCCUAAUUUAGUGUUGCUGUGUUAUCUUAAUCACAGAUUGAUGGAGCACGAAUUUAGAAUUGCAGUUGUUUGUUCCAGUAAUCAGAACCGUAGCAUGGAAGCUCACAGUUUCUUGAGCAAAAAAGGUUUUUGUGUCAAAUCUUUUGGCACAGGCAAUAUGGUCAAGCUUCCAGGACCUGCUCCUGACAAACCAAACAUAUAUGAUUUCAGUAUCACAUACGAUGCUAUGUACAGAGAUCUUAUGCAGAAAGAUUAUGAAUUAUACACGCAGAAUGGUAUUCUUCACAUGCUGGAUAGAAACAGGAGGAUAAAACCCAACCCUGAAAGGUUUCAGUCAUCCAAAGAAAAAUUUGAUCUUAUAGUCACUUGUGAAGAAAGAGUUUAUGAUCAAGUCCUAGAGGAUUUCGAAAGUCGUGAAAAAAAUGAUGAGCAGGCUGUGCAUAUAAUAAACAUUGAUAUUCAAGACAACCAUGAGGAGGCUACGAUUGGAGCUUUUAUGAUUUGUGAACUUGUUACCAUGUUGUUUGCUUCUGAAGACCUGGACAAUGAGAUUGAUGAAAUUCUCCAAGAAUUUGAGCACAAAGUGAACAGACCUGUGUUACAUACUGUACAGUUUUAUUAAAUGUCUCCUUUAUAUCUUUUUGUUGUAAAUGGUUGAUCUAUUGUUACCCUGGAUACUAUUGCUUUAUUAAGUGUAAAUACUAUGUUGUAGUACAGCGUUAAGAAGAAAUUUCCUUUAAGUCGAAUUUCAAAUAUAUGCUGUAAACUGUAUUUGCUGUAGCUAUAACUACAGAAAGGUUUUUGUUUUUCUCGCUGGAUGGGUAGGGUGAUAGAUGUUUAGGAGAGUCAACAAGAUUACUGACAUAAUCAUAUUUUUGUGUUAUGCACUCUGGAAUGUCAUUUUGAUGUUCCAGGGUUCAAACCCUGCCCACUGACAUUUCCUGAUGUUCUGCAGGAGGUUUGAGCUAGGGUGUAAUUAUCUUCAUUUCCACUAAGAUGUCUGAAACUUUUUGUCUUAUCUGUUACAGGAGUGUGUUUAACUUGUAACUCUAGUGGUUGUUUUCACAAAGAGGAAAUUUCAGUGUCACAAUACUUAAAGUAAUUCAGAUGUAAUUUGAAAUAGUGUCCCUUGUUCUCUGUGUCAGUUUUACAGAGGAAAUUUUGGUGAAAAGAAUUUAGAAUAUGUACACAUUUGGUGUGAAGAAAUAUAUUUACGAUGUAUGUAAUAAAAUUUUAAAAUAGUCCACUCUUUGCUGUUGUAUUUGACAUGAUUGCCGAAUUAGUGUGCAAGGAGAGCUUUGGCCUGUAUCUGUUUCUGCAUGUGAAUAAAUCAAUUAUUAAAACACUACACUAGCUGUUCAUACAUCAUUGCUGGAUUAUUUUAUAUUAGUGAUUAUAAGCUUAACAUUAUUUCAAAUUCAUUCAUUUGAGUAUAUUCGUGUUUGAAUUGGAUUAUUCUAUUUCAUUUUUCUGAUCCUAUUGAUCUUUAUAACAAAUAUAACCUACAAUAAAAAGUCUUUCUACAAGAAUAAUUUUCAAUUAAAUACCCAGAUGUUGUUUAUGUCUGUUAUACCUGUGAGGAUGCUGUUUAAUUUUAGAAUGCUUAUUUUUAUGUUAGUAUUAGAGAACUAAAAUCAAGAGCAUAGAUCGAAAACAAAAAUGUUUAGGUAAACAAAUUUACUUUCGUAGACUAUACAAAUACAUUGCAAUAUUAUAUCAAUAAAAAAUUUUGAUUCUUAAAAUAAUUUUGAUGUUGAUCACAUAGUCCUA